AUGGAAGGAAAAGGAUGCCUUGGAAAUUUUCUUGAAAAGGCUAAGCCUUACAUAGCCAUGAUUUCAUUACAAUUUGGCUAUGCUGGUAUGAACAUCAUUACCAAAGUAUCACUCAAUAGAGGAAUGAGCCACUAUGUGCUUGUUGUCUAUAGGCAUGCCUUCGCCACUGCUGUUAUUGCUCCCUUCGCUCUCAUCCUCGAAAGGAAAGUGAGGCCAAAGAUUACAUUUCCAAUUUUCAUGCAGCUUUUUGCGCUGGGACUUCUUGGACCAGUGAUUGAUCAAAACUUUUACUAUGCUGGGCUAAAAUUUACUUCCCCUACUUUCUCAUGUGCCAUGAGUAACAUGCUCCCAGCUAUGACAUUUGUUAUGGCAGUCCUAUGCAGGAUGGAGAAGGUGGACAUUAAGAAGGUUAGAUGCCAAGCAAAGGUUGUGGGAACUAUAGUGACAGUAGCUGGAGCCAUGUUGAUGACAUUGUACAAAGGUCAUGUCCUUAAUAUGGUGUGGUCCAACUACGUUCAUCCUCAUAAAUCCAACGUUCCUGAUACCACUACUGAACCAUCUGAUAAGGACUGGUUUAAAGGGUCAAUUUUACUUAUAAUUGCCACACUUGCGUGGGCUUCUUUCUUCAUCCUUCAGGCAAUCACAUUAAGAAAAUACACAGCACAACUCUCCCUCACAGCCAUAGUGUGCUUCCUUGGGACCUUACAGUCUAUAGCUGUCACUUUUGUGAUGGAACACAAAUCCUCAGCAUGGACUAUUGGCUGGGACAUGAACCUCCUCGCUGCUGCCUAUGCCGGUAUUGUAUCGUCAAGUAUUGCAUACUAUGUACAAGGCCUUGUGAUGCAGAAAAGAGGGCCUGUCUUUGUCACUGCUUUCAGUCCAUUGAUGAUGAUCAUUGUAGCCAUCAUGGGCUCUUUCAUCCUGGCUGAAAAGAUAUAUGUUGGAGGUGUUCUUGGAGCAGUGUUGAUUGUGGCUGGACUUUACUCAGUCUUGUGGGGCAAAUACAAGGAAUACAAGGAGAAAGAAACCGAGGAAAUUCCCGAACCAGUAAAGGGAAGUACAAGAAACAAUCAAACUGCAAUGGUCAUUGAAGAUUUUGAAGCAAAUGACAUUGAAAUGCAGAAAAGUGAGGCUGAUAAAAUGGCUGUCUCAACAGUAGCCAUGAGUGUUCCUGCUCGAACAGCUUAA